AAUUUUAAUAUUGAAAACACUGGCCAACGGAUUCAGCGAAGCUCUUGAAUUUGCCUCGGAAGGACGGAAACGUCUUCCAGAUGAAUCGGAAUUCGCCACUAUUCUUGCGUUUUGAUUUUAAUAAGCAGCAUGUUGUUUCUUUUAUAGCGAGAAAUAUUCAACACCUUUGACGGGCACACACACGAUGCCGUCCGUUGCACGACCGUUAUAAAUUUGCUGCGGAAACCCCUGAUUUUUAGUGGCAAUGAUUUUGCGGCGAUAUGACACCCGCCUACACGAGGCUACCAUGUAAGGUGCGUGUAUUUUGGCGAUUUUUAUGACGAGGCUUUACGAGUCCCGAGCGUUCUCGGGAACCUCGUAAUGACCUUCGGAAGUUUGCGGAAAAAAGGUCGAGUAAGAGUCGCCCGCGAGAGAAUCGACAGACGAGGCCUCUGAGAAGCUCCGGAGCCUUCUCCCGCAAGGGAACGUGAUAAUACGAGACGGCGAGCAUAUCGGUUCAUUAUGCGCCGUUUACCGUUUACCAUACUAGUUAAAAUUGAGCUUUUUAUGACGUGGAUGUAGAUUCAACAUUUUAUAGAGAGAAAGAGAAAUUUAUAUUAUUUAUGAUGUUACCUUAUUCGCUGGAAUAAUAGAAACAAUUUAAAUUGCGAUUUUUCUUCUAGCAAAAAGUUGUGAGUGGUGUUAAUUACGUGAUAAUUAUGAUUACAACGGCGUAGUACAAUUCUCUUCAAAGCUCCCACUGAUAUGUCAGUUGGAAGCCUAUCGGACGUAGCUGUUUGUUUGGCCUUUCGACUUGGUAUCAAAUUAGAACUGCUUUCCAUCUGACGUCCGCCCCGCCCCGAUGCAGCUUCCGAAUCCCGAACUGACCUGUCCAAAGGCCCGACCACCCUAGAGUAGAAACGAGCUAAGGUCACCACCACGUGACCGCAAGACAUAUACCUGCGGGCGUCACGAGUCGCGAUAUGAUAUCUCUGCUUGGUUUUCUAGAUACGAGAUCCGCGGGGAUUCUUUUGAAUACGUUAUUUUGACGCGAGGCGUCAAGACGCGGUCUAGGCUUAAAUAAUUUAAUUUCCACAAUUGGCCCCGCACGCGCGCGGGGUUGAUCACGUCAAAAGUUCAGGCCGCGACUAUCCGUCCGUUGUCGUUAGAUCGGCGGUUUCUUCAAACGGAUCAUCAAAGAAAAAAAAACAGUCGCACGGCAUAGAACCUCAUCCUUAUUGGAUUACGAAAGGAACAAUCUUAAGAUCCGUUAACGAGUCCUGCGGACGGCAGGAUCUGCGAUAGAAAUCCUAAUAUCUUCUGACAGGCGUGCCAAGGAGGGCCAGUCGGCGCCUUUCCGAACUAUCCGCCGCAAUUAUCCAAGACCUCUGUCGGCUGAUUUUUCUUUUUUUUUCUUCCUUUUUCUUCACUCUCCUCCGGCAGGACCAUUCGCAGGACCAGCCAUUGUCCUCACCUCCGUUCCGUGUUUUUCUCUCGCUGGUAGAUGCGAGCUAAGAUAAAAGUUUUGACAAGUGCACUCUGGUCCGGCAACCGUGAACAUCGCGGAGGACCAGAGCGAACCGUUCGGUUGAAACUCGGAAGGGCUAUUUACCCGUUUCCACUUCUGGAAUUUAAUCCCAGAAUGCACCAAUCUGUUUCUACGUACGUACAAAUGCAUUAUGUUGAAUAUGUAAUAUUACGUUUGAAAUAAUUGCUGCUAUACAAUCGAUUGCUCUGCGUUAUGUGUUUGACGAAUUAACAUAUCAACUCGCAACAAGAUACAAGUAUUAUUCGUAUCGUUCCAUACACAUGCACGUAUACGUAUACACAAAGAUAACACGACACUAUCGAUAUCGUUGUUAGUGUCACUACGCUCUAAUGCUUAUUUUUGUGCACUCAAGGCUAAAGCGUUAAAUGAGAAACUGAUUUGGACAAGAAAACGAAGCUAAUGUUGGAAAUGCAUAUCGCAUAUGUAGAUUGGGUCUCUUUGUAAGUCGACCUGGUUCAACGUGAUAAAAAAAAGGGAAAAGAGAGGGAAAAUAAUGACUCAACGUGUUUCUCUACGUAAUCGCUCGAAAAACUGACGGCGAUCGCAUACCGACUUACCGUCGAUCCGAAACGGUUUUAUCCAGUUCCUUACCGGUUCGUUCACCCGGUCGGAUGGCCUCAAGUAUCCGGUUGGCCCGAUUAGGGAACGCCAUAGCGUGCAUGGUUAGUCGCGCUGUGCUCGACUCGAGGAAAAUAAAGCUCAACAAUUUUUCGAUAAAUCAGUAUUAGACAAUGAAUUUCUUUUUUCGUAAUUAGAGCGUCAUAAAAUGCCGAAAACGAUCAAUUCCCACGUUCCAAGUCGCGUUGCUCACGUAUGCGUGCAUCUGUGAGCAAAACAUUCGGAAUUAUAUUAUCCUUACUGUGGAGCUUGAAUGAAAUUACGAACAACGCGACAUUGUAGACCCCUGUUUCACCUUACUUUUUUCCCUCUUGGUCUCUCUCUCUCUCUCUCUCUCUCUCUCUCUCUCUCUCUCUCUUUCUCUCACCUUAAUUUAACGUUAAGACGCUUAGUUAGGGGAGACCCGAGGCGGGUUUCCGGUACGUAGCCCAUCGUUUCGCAAUAUCGCGGACGCGAGAAAAGAUUUCUAACAUGUCGCUGCGAGAGCGCGGCCGCUCGCUGGCGCGAGACACGACGAGGCGGAGCGUAAUAAAAAUAAGUAAUUACUGCAAGUAAUCCUCCCCUCUGCUUCCCCCGCGACGAGCUCCUCCGCCCCGCGCGAGUCGUUCAAUUAACGGGAAUACUGUUGUCUUCCCACCCAAUCCUCUCUUCCACUCGCUCCUCUCACUCUCUACCUCCCUCUCGCUCUCCGGGCUCCUCGCGCGCCCCUCGGUCCCUCUUUCCCUCUUUCCCUCUACCUACCCCUCUCGCCAGUCCACAAAACCCGCGAAAUGUUUCACUCGCAAAGUCGCGUGGAGCGCGCGCCGCGGCGCAGAGGGGCGCCUCUGGCUGGGGGGGAAGGGGCCCCGCGGCGUGGAGGGACCGGUAUCGAUGCCCCUCCUUCACUCACGCCCCUGACGUCCAUCUAUCCGCCGUUCCCUCCGCCGCUGCGGUUCCGAAGACCGCGCGCCAUCCCUCCCCCUCGCGCCCGGUUCUUCCUCCUCGUCCUCACCGCGCCGUCCACCGCUCUCUCGCGCUCUCUCGCGCUCUCUCACUCUCUCCUCUCCGCUCCCCGCUCCUUUGAUGCGUGCCGCGUAGUGGGGGGAAGCCGACGACGCGGCGGCUCCUCCGGCCGCCACUCGUUCGUCCGACUUCGUGCAGCGCAAAUCGGCCUGCCGCUGCUCCGCUUUCUGCGUGUCGCGCGGUGUGCUUCCCCGCGCGACCGACGUGUGUGCUCGCUCGCUCGCUCGCUCGCUCGCCGAGUCGUGUGUUCCGGUUCACCUUGAGGCGCGAGACGAGGGGGAGUAUUCCGCGGGCGGAUUAAAAGUCGAGGCCAGCAGUCCGUGGCUGGCAGUCCUCAGUGUUGUAGGCGGUUCGCGUUAGGAAUGUGUCGCGUUGCUGGGAGUCACGCUGAGCUCCGCUGAGCUCUCCUCGCGCUCCUCAGUCCUCCGAGGCGCGCGUACACGCGGCGACGGCCGUUCGGAGCGCGCGACGGUCCAAAGUAUCCGGCGAGUCAGCUGCACGCGCUAUCACGCUACAUUCUCAGUGAUCAAUUCGCGUCUGGAUCAUUGCGGAGGUGUCGCGGGAGGUGUGCUGAGAUGUGUUUGCGAUCGAAGGGAGACUCGAGGAUCGCCGCAGCAGUCGAUCCGGUAGCCAGCUCCGAGUGCCAAUCGGAAAUCUAAGAACAGCGGUAGAUCGGCCGAGAAGGUGUCGCAGGAGUCGUCGGAUCGAUCGAUUGAUCGCACGAUUCACCCGAUGUCUCACGAGCUUGGCGAGGAAAGUCCUCUUUGACGUCGGUCGUCACGAUCGGGGGGACAACAGAGAGGAGAUUUUCGUCCGCAAAAUGAUGUAAUCUUCGUUGUAAUCGGUGACACGGAUCGCGCACUGAUCUUUCAUGGAUCGACACCGUGCGAGAGAGAGACCAUAGGAACCCAUUGAUCGAAAGUGAACACCUCCGGUGAGGAACGCGCGUCCAAGACCGAGAGAAUCGGACGCCUGGUGGAUUGGCGGGCGCGCUCGCUCGCGGUGGUCGACGAGCAGCGCGACGUGCGUGCGUUCCCCGAGAUCGAUAGCACGGAGGAGGAGGAGGACGGAGGACGAAGGAUCCUCGCGAGCGCGCGAGGCACGAGGACUCGGCCCGUGGACACCUGCUCGCGAUGCCGUCGCGCGUCGCUGCGUCGCUGCGCGGCGCGCCGUGAGGACGCAGCCUGUGUGUGCCGUGUGUGAGGAGCAGCAAGAGGGAGAGAUAGAGAUAGAUAGAUAGAUAGAUAGAUAGAUAGAGAAAGAGAGAGAGAGAGAAAGAGGGAGAGAGGGAGAAAGAGAAAAAGAGAGAAAGAGAGAGAGAGAAAAAGGAUCGUGAGAAAAUCUCCGUGGAAUUGUCGAAAAGUGAGAAAGAGUGCUGGUUCGCGAUCUAGCCGAGGAUCUAGCGGUUCGAUCAACAGCUCCAACAGCCUACGCAUGCCGGCGAUUCUGAUUUCAAAGUACCGGAAAAAAAGAGCCGGUACCGGUACGCAAUAGAGGGCCGUAACUACAAUUCUAACUCCGUUUCAUUGUUGAAAACCGUCGGUGGGCUCUCUGAGUCCACCCUCCCAUCGGGCAAACUGGCGAGCGCGUUAACCGCUGGUAUGAACCCCCACCAUCCGGGCCAUUCCGCAGCCUACCCCCACCACCCCUCGCUAUCGAGCAGUCCGCAUCAUCCGGGGCCCGGCGGGCCGCAUCACGCGUAUGGAACCGGAGGAGGUGGUGGAGGUGGCGGUGGCGGUACCACGACCACCCCCGAUCUACCAAGCCCGCACUCACCCCAGCAUACUGGCGGUCCCGGCGAUCCCGCUACCCCCUAUGGUGCCCUGCAACCUGGACAGGGCAUGGGUAGUAACGGGCAUCAUCACAGCGGCGGCGGCAUGAUGCCGGAUCAUCCACAUCACCCUGGACACCCUCAUCCUCACAUGCCAGGACAUCCCGCGUACCCACCCGUCAAUCAUAACAAUAACUGCACGCUCAAGCAAGAAGGUGUCCCAAGCGGGUCAACGGGCCUUCGGCAAUGCGCCGCCUGCGGUGUACAAAUAGUGGAAAGAUGGCUGUUGCUAGCGAUGGACCGGUACUGGCACAUUAGCUGCCUCAAGUGUUCGUGUUGCAACGUGGUAUUGGGAGAGGUCGGCCAGUCCUGCUACACCAAAAGUGGCAUGAUCCUCUGCAAAGCCGACUACAGACGAAUGUUCGGCAACAGCGGAAUCUGCGGGAGUUGCGGUAACGCGAUACCCGCGAACGAAAUGGUGAUGAGGGCCGGCGACUCGGUGUUUCACGUGAAAUGCUUCAACUGCAACAAGUGCGGCGGCCCGCUCGUCUCCGGCGACAGAUAUUACUUGCUGUCAGGCUCGCCGGUUUGCGAAUCCGACUGGCACAAGAUCGUGAAGUCGUCCAGCGUCGCGGCGGCGGCGGCGGCCGCGGCGGCCGGGAACAGCGGCGCACCCGUUAGGAAAGGUAAGGUCGGCAGGCCUCGAAGGACCCGCGAAUGA